AUGACGAACUUCACCGCGUGCGCCCAAACCUUUAGCUCCGACCCGGCCUUGCAAGCCAAGUGGGCAUACUAUGGACCUGUCCAGGGCAUCGAACGCAACAGUUCGACACAGAUCACUCGCGAAGGAUGCAGAGCCGUCUGCGGAACAGGCAACGAUCUGUAUCCGUGGGCCCAGGCGAGCGCUACUAUAACGACGUGGAUCCUGCCCAUUGUCGGUAUUUUACUUCAAGCGCCAUUUGAAAGCAAUGCGUUCUGGAAGACUCUGCUCGCUAUCGGCCGGUGGAUGGGAUCCCCAAUGGCUUCCCUAAGCUACGUUCUCUGGAACAUGAAGGUGACCGCGAAAUGCGCGCUUAUGGAAGUCGACAUGUGUAUCCCUUGCGAAAGCCCCAUCCCAAGCAAGAACAGUGACUUCGCAAAGAUCCGCGAUUCAUUCUAUAUUCUCACUACCAUGAACCAGUAUUCCAUGAAGGCAGGGGCAUCGUUGAAGAAAGAAGCCGAGGGUUUGCUACGCAUUGUGCUGUUCAGCAAGGACCUCAAAACGCGCAGUAUCGAUAACUCUCUGGUUGAGUUUCUACCAGAGGCGAGGCGAGAGCUAGCACAGGAGCUGCGCGAAGGACGUAGACGUGGUGCGGUACCAGUAUUCAUCUCAACUGGAUGGUUUCUGUUUUCUCUGGGAAUUUCCAUCCAGUCAUCCUUCGGACAUAUCGGCGAGAACACUACUGCGCACGACCUGGCGUUGGGGCUCCUGCUCGGUUGGCUUCCAGUGCUCAUUCUCUCCAGCAUUGUUGACCGCAACCCUGUAGCUGCUGACGAUGUCCGAAGGAAGCUCAACAAGCUAGUGGACCUCGCCAGACAUUCAUUGAGAGACGAACGCAUCAGGCGCGACUAUAUCGAGGCCACUCGGAACUCUUACUCUUACAGAGAUCAAAGAGAGUUCAGCAACAUGCAUCGUUGGAUUGAUCAGAUCAGCAAAGACAGCGAAUUUAUGGACAACUUCUUUACCAGCUUUGCCGGUCAAGGCCGAGUCCACUGGCACUACGGUGCCGCUCAUCCAAUCCUCAGCGACAUAGAACAGUGCUACGUGGCUGAGCGAGGCCGCAACUGGUUGAAAAAUGAGGAAGAAGCAAGAACAAGUCUUGUGCUUGGUGAAGUGGGAGAAGGCUUGGUCUGGUUUGAUUUCCGAGAACUCUGGCAAAUCGGUAGUGCAAUCAUCAUCGUCACCUUCACCUGCCUUGGAGCCUUCGUGAUUUCCUUCUACACACCCACCGUUGGCCUGGGUUGUCGUAGUGGAGGCUACAUGGUGUUUUGCAGCAUAUCCUUCGGCCUUCUGAUAUGUGAGAUGCUCGUCUGGUGGCUGGCAUCCCCAGUCCCCCUCGAAAAACCUCAAGCUCUUGUCCGAUUCAACACCAGGCUACAAAGCAACGCGACGUUUGUCGCAUUUGAAAACAGCUCAUUGGGCUUCUUUCAAAAGCUCACAUUAGGGGUCGCGCGGUUGUGGAUACGGAUUGUAAAGGGUGCUUUUCGGGCCGUGCUCACCAUCGUCACUUGGCAGCAAAAUUUUGACCGGCAGCGAAGAGUUGAAGAAUGGAUGCGGACGUCUUUGGAGGUUUGCCGAAAUUUCACCCUAAAAGAGUGGACGGAACGAUUCUUUUUCAGACCAAUAGAGUUGAUAAACGCUACGUGGCUUCUGUACAUUGUCAUGGCUCAGACAUUCGGCUGGUACAAGAACUGUGAUUGCGUCACAUCUACUUGGGGAGGCCGUGGAGGGUAUUUGGACUUUACUCAGAGCGAUAUCACCAACUCACCUUGGGUCUUGUGGUACUGGACCAGUGGCACUGUCCUCGCGUCGACAACGAUGGGCUUGGCGAUGAUAUAUAUCAUUGCGGAGGGCCCAACGCAACCUGCUGCCUCUCCGCCCGCCCCGGCAGCGCCUGCGGCCCCAACCAACUCUGCUGCGGCGCCGGCUGCUGCGACUGGGGCAAGCAAUGCUGCGGGACCACCGGCUGCUGCGACUUCGGACAGAGCUGCUGCACCGGAUCAGGCGACACCAAGUGCUGCGACGACUCGGUCUCGCGGUGUUGUGGGGGGCAGUGCUGUCCACGCACCCGCGAGUGCUGUGGGAAUGUGUGUUGCAGCGUCGGUUAUGUCUGUGCGGGCAGUGGGGAGUGCGUGA